GUACGAGCUCAUGCAGGAGGAGGAAACAUGGCUCAUUCGGGCCACCACCAAGCACACGAUGGAGGGGAUUCAGUCGCCACCGAAGCAGAAGAAGUCACCAAAGAAGAGCAGCAAGGAUCGGGUGCCCACGCGGAUCCUUGAUCAAGAGGAGUUCUGCCUCACUUGGAGGCUGGACAAAAUGGCAAUGCAGCGGCUGGCAGAGUUGCCAGAAGCCAGUCGGCAGCAAGCCAUGCAGCGCUUCAACCCAGGUCCAGAGGUGCCGGAGUCUGACUUCCCGAAGCUCUUUGUGGCCUUCCUGAAGCGCUUCAAGAGCAAGGAGGGAGGUGAUGAUGAUGAGGGCAAAGGCAGCUCUUCAUCACCAUCGCGACGAAAGGCCCACACACCUGCACGGAGGGAGGUGGAUCGGGUGCCAGAGGAGUCCGGCUCCGAUGGCUUGGCUCCAGGUCGAGUUCCUUUCUAUCAGACUCCUGGGUCAACUCCCCGGAGCUUCAAUGGGCAGGAGUGCCGAAGUCCGCAGCAAAGGUUAAUGCAGGACUUUCCUGGCAUGCCUGCCAGCCCCGAACAAGGGUCUGUGAGCCCGCAAGCCAUGCAAAUGUCGCUUCAACAGCCGCAGAUGCCGCCGACUCCUGCUUUUUCGCAGUCCUUGCAGCUGGUGCAGGGCAAUAUCGCCCCGUCGCAAAUGCAGGUCCUCUCGACGUCUUCUCCCACAAGCAAGGCCUCUGGUGCCGCCUUUGGAAUGUCCGCUGGAGCUGGGUCGCCUACCUCGCUUGCCCAGCCCAUGGGGUCUCCAACAAGCCUGACCAAUUUUCCGGACAUGAUGCAGGGAUACCAGAACUUUCAACAGAUACCUGCUUUCCGACCGCAACAGAUCCCUCAACCACAAUUCCAAACCCAGCCACAACAAUUGCAGCAGAUGCAACAGCACUUGCAACCUCAACAGCUGCAACAGCAACAGCAGAUUCAACAGCAGCAACAGCAGCAGGUACAGCAACAGCAACUUGUUCAAAACCAGCCGCCACAGGUGCAGCCACAUCAACAGCUGCAACAGCAACAACAGCAGUUGCAACAGCAGCAGCAAUUUCAACAGCAGCAGCAGUUGCAACAGCAGCAACAGGCUUUACAACAACAGCAGUUGCAACAACAGCAGCAGCAAUUGCAACAGCAACAGCAACUGCAACAGCAGCAGCAAUUGCAACAGCAACAGCAGCUGCAGCAGCAACAGCAGUUGCAAAAGCAGCAGCAGUUACAACAGCAGCAGCAGUUGCAGCAGCAACAGCAGAUGCAACAGCAACAGCAAAUGCAACAGCAGCAGCAAUUGCAGCAGCAACAGCAGCAGUUGCAACAACAAAUUCAGCUUCAGCAGCAACAGCUGCAACAACAGCAAAUGCAACAGCAACAGCAGGUCCAACAUCAACAGCUUCAAAUGCAGCAGCAACAGCAGCAACAGCUGCAACAACAGCAACAAAAAUUGCAGCAGCAGCAGAUGCAAGAACAACAGCAGCUGCAAGAGCACCAGCUCCAACAGCAGCUCUCGCCAGAGCAACAAGACCAGCUGCCCUCGCAAAUGCAGUCGAUGCACAUGCCGCAGCAUCCUCCUCCAGUCCAUGCACCGAAGCUGCCAGAAGGAGGAGGACUAUCGACGAUGGCACCAUCCCAGGGGUUCAGCACGGAGGCAUCUUUGUCUCCAAGCGCAGCUCCCAGGAUCUCUGCGACGCCACCACCUCCCAUGCAUGCACCCCAGGUCGGUGUCCGAUCAAGCGAGCCAGAGCCCUCGCGACCACCAGGCACUUUCAUUCCGAUGAGAGCAACGAACUUG